CAUAGUUGUGGCGCUGAGGUUUAGAUCAGCAAUCGACGACUGUUACCUUUACAGUCAGACCUUACCUCUGGUUCAACAGAUUUAAAAAAAAUGAAGAGCAAGAUAAUCUAAAGCAAAUCAAAGGUGCACAUGACGUGAUCCUGUUAAGCUGUGGUUAUGGAAAGCUCAGCUCAUGGGGCAUCAUUUCAAAAAGCACUUUCACAUCUUAACUUGGAAAAUAAGUCAGCAGAAGAAGAAGUGGAGCUCAAAUUUUUGGAGUUUAUUAUCUCAAAUUUUCACCCAGAAUGGCAAACGAUACAGCCAGAGACACCCAGUGAAAAUAGAAAUCCUAUAUGUUUAAAAGAAAACUGCUAUAUUACUGCUGGUGACUAUGAAAUAACCCAUCACGUUUGUCUGGUGAGGGGUGUUCCCACUAAAUCUGAUACACCUCAUCAACAGCUAAGUGGAAACACAUUCACAGAUCAUAACACAGUUCAACAUGUCAGCACAAACAUUGGUUAUCAUGAAGAUGCCGAGGACAGCUUUCCAUUUAACAGCAGUUUUAAUGAUUUUGGUUUUAUGGUGUCUAAAUCAACUUCUGACUGCUGUGGGAAUGGAACUGAAAGCUUCAAAGCUUGUUUCCUUGGCUGUGCUGAGGGCUGUUACAUCAAACACAGCAAUGACUUAGCAACUUUAUUUGGGAAUUUAGAAUUUCUUAAGAACUUCUUGCAUUAUGUGUUCACAAGGCAUUUUGGUUCGGCUGACAAGUGUUUUCAAACAUCUGAUGCAUCAAACAGCCACAUUUAUGAUUCUCCAGCCAAUAAGACAGAUAUGGAGUUGGAAAUCCACAAGAAACUGGACAUUUUAAUACAGAGACUCAUCAAGUAUCCCAUGACCUAUAACAUGGUGUCAGCUUAUGCUGAUGUUCUGCAUAACUCAAUCCACCUGCCUAUUGUAAGAAGUAAGGUUAUGGAACAUGUGAUGAUGUGGAUGGCCUCAAAUAGCAACAAAGUGAAUCAUGAAGUCUUCCAGAAAGUGAAGUCUCUGAUUAUGACUGGGGCAGCUGAUAUGUGGUCUGUUGUGAGAAAAACGUGUAGUAAUGGACUUCCCAAGGUCUUCAAUAACUGGACUCAAAAACAACAGAAACAUUUCCUCACUGCUUUACUAGAGGUUUGCAUAAAUAAGGAGGGCUCAUGGCAGUCUAAAGAUGGAGCAGCUUUGUGCAUCAAUUCUAUCAUGCACCAUUGUUAUUCACCAAAGAAGGGAGGAGGCCUGCCUGAUUAUGUUAGUGAAUGUGUCCUGACAGUCAUCUUUAGCCUCAUCUCCCAUCCCCAGCUCUGUAUCCGUGAGACUGUUGCCAACACAAUGUCUGCCUAUGUUGAACAUGUGGAUGCUCAGGAUGUGAAAGCUCUCUUGCACCAGACACUGCUCUUGUUGAUGCCUUCUUCAGGGGAAUCUGAUUCUAAAAGAAAUAUGCAUUUACAGAUGGCAGAAGCAUACACAGCAGAGGGAUUGCUCAACAUUUGCAUAUCAAUUUUAAAGGUGCUGAGCAUCAACCAAGCUUUGGGCCUUUGGCCCAGAUACUGCAACAUUUUUCUUGCUUGCCUGUCCCAUGAUGCAUCAAGUGUUCGCCAGACCACUAGUCUACUGUUUGCACACUUAGCUACAAGGAAGGAUAGCUCUGUAGUAAUGGUGAAGCUGGUCUUGCAUCGCUUAUCCAUUUUCUGGAAUGUUGGAUUGGAUUCUCUCGCAUGCUGUCAGGACUUCUUCAAAGGUGAUAGUGACAGAACUGGGAAAUGGGAGGCCACAGAAGGACGAAUGUUUGUAUAUGAACUGAUCUUCCAGCAGUUGAUAGAAGACUACAUUGCCACACAGCAUAAUAAUGUCCAUCAGAAGUCACUGGCUGAUGACAUUGAAUGUGCAGAGAGCUUCAAGCAUACAAAUGGUGUAAACCUGUCUUGUACGAGUAAAUAUGAAGCAGUUGAGGAGUGUCUGUGUAGCCUGUCAUGGCUUGCUCAGUUGUAUUUACUGGACAAUACACACCUACUGGCCAGGACAUUAAACUUAGAGGAAAUGACUGACAAGGAGCUUUACGAGCUGCAGUGGUGGCUGUUAACACAUCAGACUGAAAAAACUGAAAUUUCAGAUGGUUGUGAGGCCUGGUAUGGAGACAAAAUUUUGCCUUCCUGCCCUGAGCUGUUCCUCACCUUACUGCAUCAGACGGCUGCCUGUCUGGCACACAAGCAGUGGGAGCUGCGAAGAAUUGCACAGCAGAUCUUGCCCCGGUUGUGUGAGGUGAUUUGGUUGUACAGCACAGACCUGAUGCUGGCAGUUUGGCAUUACACCACUAAUAAGACGUGUCUCAAGUCAUUCCUGGGGCUUGUCAUGAUGCAGCAUAGUCUGGCCCAUUGUGCAGCCAUUAUCAGCCUCACAGAUAAGGAUGGUACCUCAUCAAGCCCUGUCCGCAUAGAUCUUGUGGAAAGUGUGAGAAAGAAAAUCAAGGAUUAUCUCCCCCUUAUUGCCAGCUUCCUUGAGCGACCUGUGUUUGAUAAGAUUUCAGUGACUGCUGCAGAGAUUGCCCUUCUGUCAGUAACUUUGUUUGACUUUGAGGAGUCACUGAAAAUGGAACUCUCCGAAGCUGCUCUGCACAUGUGGAAGAGUCUGUUUGCUUUUGCACACCCAAGUGCCGUAACGAUGCUGGUUUUUUCUUCUUCAGGUACAAAAUUCUCAUCACCCAGCGAAGGAUUUCUAAGUUGCUGCUUGGUACGACCAGAGAGCAAGGUCCAGUGUGCAAGACAGGUGGAAAGAACUCUGCUCAAUGCCAUUCAUAGACUGUUGCCUCAGUUCCUACCCUCAGUCAGUGUCUACAAUAAAGUCAUCUGCCUGCCCAUUUUGGCUCACAGUGUUCGCCUGUUUAUUGAUGACAAAAAUAUCUGCAGGUCCCUGCUAACAAGCUUAAACAUUCUGAGCCAUUGUACUCAGAUUGAUUUUGCUGGUGCUACUAAUGGUGAAACAGCUGUAGCAGAAAUAAGAGACAGCAAGACACUGAGAUGCAUCUUCUACACUGUUUGGGAGCUUGCACAUAGCAUUGCCAUGAAGAGUCUAGACCAGCUGCUGCUUCAGAAGGUGCUAGGAUCUUAUCUUUUGCUGUGUGGAUUUCUUGAUCCAGCACACCAUGUGCCAUUGGUGCUGAAGAGCAUUUGCUCUCGCUUAAAUGAGGGUCAGCUUUUGGCCGAUGACAUGACUGAUAGAAACACUGUCUUGGAUGUGGACCUUCACUGGUACAUCCCUGCAUAUAUCACUAGCUCUGGGGAGCCCUCUUUUGCCAGUGAAAAUUAUGACACCAAUAUGCCAAGAGAAAAAGAUGACUGUGGUGAUAGCCUCAACACAAGUGCGAGGAGCCUUGGGUCAUGGUCACAUCUGCAUGCUUGGCGAAGACGAACUCUUAGUACCACUAGCAGUAGCCUUGAGAUCCACAAGGAGUCUGACAGAUGUGAGGAUGCUGAGAACAGCGAUGAGUCUGAAGAAGAUGGCAGUGACUGGGAUAGCUGGAGUGAAGAGGAGGCUGAGCAGAAAAACUCGGCUCUCCAAACAUUAUUCCGAGAUUUCUUGCUACACCUGAGAACUAUGUAUGGACAAGCGGUUGAAAAGAUUUUGGAAGCAGAAAGAGAAAAAAUGACACAGAAAGAGAGCAGUCUGCUGCAGGAUUUGAUGACUGUUAACAAAAAUAAAUGCAAAGGCUAGAUUUCAGAUUUACACAGACAUCGCAGUUCUCUCUUACAUCUGAGGCAGUGGUGGUGGCUAGAACCAAAGACUUGUAAGGCACAAUAAAUUUGUGGAUUGUUACUCUCUUCUUUAAAGAUGAGAGAAAUAUGGUAUUUAUGAGGUGCCUUUCCAUUUAAAUAGGAGCAGAUUCCCAAUGGAUGACUGAAAGAUUUGUACAGAAUUUGGAGCAGUUCUGAUAUAUUCAUAUAGAGGAAUAUUUAUUACCUGUUUAUUUAUUCUGCCGUGUCUCAUUUUUAUAUUUGGCACAAAAUAUGAGCAAAUUGCUCUCAUGUCAUGUGUUCAGGAACUCAAGUUGUGAUAACUCUUGAUAGUCCAUAGUCAAAGGCUAGGUGUUUCUAAUCUGAUUUUUUUUUUUCAGACCAUGACCUAUACAAUUAACAUAGAAACCUUUGUAAAUGUUAAGGGAAAAAAGAACAAGAAGAAGGAACAUGAUGUAGAAAGGUAGAUAUGAAGUAUUAAACUAAGCACCAAAAAAAGUGGUGUCAAAUGAAAGCUAUUGUAUUUUUAUUGCCACACCAUUAAGAUCUUAUUUAACUGCAUCACUUAAAAACAUGAAAUGGAUAUGAAGUUAAAAUUUUAAAAAAAUAUGGAAUAUGUAAAAGUCAUUUUAGCAGAACACACUUUACCCUAAUAUUAGUUUAUAUCAUAUUUUAGUUAUGUAUGUAAUUUUUGGGUGAAGAUAGGAAAGAUCUUAAAAGAUUGCAUUUUGAGUAAUACACAUAUAUACAUCUCUUAAUUUGUACCAGCUGAUGUGUAGUUAUGCUGAUCCAGCUGUGCUGGUCGUAAAGGGGAACAGAUGGAUAGACCCCACCGCUGACAAAUCUGGCCUCUUCUGAUUGUUUAUUCAUGUCCUUAUAUAAUAUAAAUAUUAUUAUAUAAUUUUGGAUAAUAUGCAAGAUUAGAUGCAGUACCAUAUCAUAUAUAAAUAUAUAAAUGUUGAAGAAAUAUUUUAUGAUGUGAUAGGAUCUGCUGUCAUUUGUUGCUUUCCAAAAGAGGGUGUUUUGUGUCAGUGAUACUGAACAUAGACACUGAAACAUGAAGUGAUCCUUAGAUCCAUGUACAGUAUUCCGUCCAUUUUUUUUAAUACACUACUCAUUCCAACUAGGGUUGUUUUUCCUUUGUUCGAGUAAUAUUAUGAUGAAAAGUAUCACAUGGUUAUAAUCAGAUGAAAAACCUUAAAAUUUCAUGCUCAUUAGGUAUUUAAACUAUUAUAUGCAGUAUUGCUGUAAAGCUGUCUUAAUGUGUUUUAAAAAAUAAGCAAAAAAUUC